UGUUUACAGUGAUUGAGGACUCGGUGCAGGAAGAGUUAAACAGAUGUGGAGGGGAGUUUGGAGCUGCCAUGAAUCCACCUUCACAGAGAUGCGGCGCCUCCUCGCACAGCUGACUGGGAACACAGGUAGUCCGUCCGAAGGGGGCUGUCUGUCGGCGUACUUGUUGAUAUCCGGGCUCAAACAGCGCGGUGAGACAUGCGGAGCGGGAAGCCCGCGGGUUGGCGGUUCGGGUCGUGCUGAGGAUCUGUCUCUGCCAUGUCGGAGACAGAGGAGGGAGAGAUGGGUUAAACCCCGGCAAUUGUAAACCAAUAUCGACGCCUUCUGCUUUUUUUUUUUUUCCUUUUUUUUUUUAAACGCCUCUGCUUCAUCUUCGUUUAUGGCUGCGGAUUGAUUGAUCACAGAGCUGAGACCACAAUGAAAGAAAAGAAUAUCAACAGUAGUCCGUAGUCCUGGAUGUUUGCAUGCUUCCUCAACUCAAAGUCAUCAUGGAAAAAUCCUUGGAUCUAAACAAAGCUGGCUCUCGGUCGACAUCGUCCCUGCCACCUGAGCCAGUGGACAUCAUCCGCAGCAAGUCGUGUUACCGCCGAGUCCGGCUGAAUGUUGGGGGUCUCCCACACGAGGUCCUGUGGCGAACGUUGGACCGGCUGCCUCGGACUCGUUUAGGGAAACUGAGAGACUGCAACUCCCAUGAUUCUCUGAUGGAGGUGUGCGAUGACUACAACCUGGAGGAGAACGAAUACUUUUUUGACCGACACCCAGGGGCUUUCACGUCCAUCCUGAACUUCUACCGCACGGGCAAGCUGCACAUGAUGGAGGAGAUGUGUGCCCUGUCCUUCAGCCAAGAGCUCGAUUACUGGGGCAUUGAUGAGAUCUAUCUGGAGUCCUGCUGCCAGGCGAGGUACCACCAGAAGAAGGAGCAGAUGAACGAGGAGCUGAAGAGAGAGGCUGACAAUUUAAAAGACAGAGACGGAGAGGAAUUUGACAACACCUGCUGUGCAGAAAAACGGAAGAAGCUGUGGGAUCUGCUGGAAAAGCCGAGCUCAUCCGUUGCAGCGAAGAUCUUGGCCAUCAUCUCCAUUCUCUUCAUUGUGCUAUCCACCAUUGCUCUGUCUUUAAACACCCUUCCAGAGCUUCAGGGCACAGAUGAGUUCGGCCAGUCCACAGACAACCCACAGCUAGCGCAUGUGGAAGCUGUUUGUAUUGCUUGGUUUACCAUGGAAUACCUACUUCGCUUUCUCUCUUCUCCCAAUAAAUGGAAGUUCUUCAAGGGUCCUCUCAAUGUCAUUGACCUGCUGGCAAUUCUACCCUACUAUGUCACCAUCUUCCUGACAGAGUCCAACAAGAGUGUGCUGCAGUUUCAGAAUGUCCGCCGUGUGGUUCAGAUCUUCAGGAUUAUGCGUAUCCUUCGUAUCCUAAAGCUGGCUCGUCACUCUACAGGUCUUCAGUCUCUAGGCUUCACACUCAGGAGAAGCUACAACGAGCUGGGCCUGCUUAUUCUUUUCCUCGCCAUGGGUAUCAUGAUCUUCUCUAGUCUUGUAUUUUUUGCCGAGAAAGAUGAAGAGGAUACAAAGUUCAAAAGCAUUCCGGCUUCUUUCUGGUGGGCCACCAUCACUAUGACCACAGUAGGGUAUGGAGAUAUCUAUCCCAAAACUCUGUUGGGAAAGAUUGUGGGGGGAUUGUGCUGUAUUGCUGGAGUGCUUGUAAUUGCGCUACCUAUUCCCAUUAUUGUGAAUAACUUCUCCGAGUUCUAUAAGGAGCAGAAAAGACAAGAAAAAGCCCUUAAAAGAAGGGAGGCUCUUGAGAGGGCAAAACGAAAUGGUAGCAUUGUUUCUAUGAACUUAAAGGAAGCUUUUGCUCGUAGUGCAGAGCUCAUGGAUGUAGUAGUAGAAAAGAGCGAGAGACCUCAUGACAACCACCUGUCCCCAAGUCAUUGGAAAUGGGCGUCCAAAAGAGCUGCAUCAGAGACAAGUUCAAAUCGUUCCUUCAAUGCCCAAGAAAUCGGCUCUCCCUGCAAAGCUCGAGACACCAGUCCCCAAAGAUUGAAUGUCGAGAAAUUAGAAGAGAUGUACAGCCAGAUGGCAAAGACACAGUCACAACCUAACCUCAAUGCAAAAGACAGAGGGUCCAGAGUUAGUAAACAGAGAGAUGAGAUAGAGCUUGGAGCCAUUCAUGACUAUGGACCAUCAGUGCUAGGAGCCAAAGAUGGAGUGGGGGACAUGAAAAGCUUAUCUAGCAUAGAUAGCUACAUCAGUUGUGCUACAGACUUCCAAGAGAAUCCACGAUAUCCCCACAGUCCAGCAGCAGACAUUGGUCUUAAAGAAAGCACACGGUUUACUUUUGGUCCAGUUACAGUUUUGUCUCAGCACAUUAGUAAAAGAAUUGGUCAUCAAAUCAUAGGGCAGCAUGAGUCUGUGCUGAGUCCAGGAUUAAAAUCCUCAGGCCCAGAGAAUACAAGAAGAUUCUUGUUUUCAGGAAACUCCUCAAAAAGCCUUAAAGGAGGCUGCCGUAGCGACGGGGAUUCGGGGCCGUCCCCACUUUCAGACAGCUCAGUUGUCUCAGACCAGUCUCUUUUGAGUCCCGAAGCAUCUGUGUACACCACUGCCAGCAGCAGGACCCCUCCAAAGUCACCAGACAGCACUGCCAUGGCCCCUACAGUUUUCACUUUCCAUGACUCCUCAAUCAGCAAAUACAUCGAUGCUGAUACGGAUGACGAUGAGCACCUCCGGGACAUUACUGAGGCCAGUCCCUCAGAUCGUCUACUGGCUGGUGGCAGCCCAAAACGCAGUAUUAACAUAAAUUACCAGAGGGGGACUAACCAUUUAGAAGCAGCCCAAAAGAUGUUGGGUCAGAACUGUUACUUUCCCCUUGAAGGUAUUCGUGGGAAAGCUCAUGAAAAUCAUAUAGGACCUGACCCAGCACGUAGACCAAAGGCUGAGAGGGGACGACAAAAUACUUUGGACAAAGGCCUUUGAAGUAUAGGUUAUCAGAGACACAUGGAACGCAGGUGGACAUAUGGUUAUUGACAAAAACACCUGGCAAACAGAGCUACUCAAUAAGCUAGAGACAAAGAAAGGUAUAGAGAAGAAGGCUCUCAUAUUUCGCAAAUAACCUGAGCAUGCCGCUAGGGCAACAAGCUAUGUCAAUACAUGUUGGGAAUACUUUGGAAGAAAAGUACCUUAAGUUGGAGAAUGUCACUGCCCCUCCUUUGAGUUAAUUCUUGUGUGCUAUAUUUCACAUCGACAAAGAAUACCCCCAAAUAGCCAUUGGGUUUGUUUAAAAAUGCAGAGUCAGCAGAGAGAUUGAGCUUCGGAUAUAACUGGAAGUAACACAACAAAAUAAUGAUUUCAGCCAAAGGGUUUUUUCAGUUCCAUAAAAAUACAAAGUCCACCUUCUUGUAGUGACUCCCAAUUAUUAUUAUUUUUUUUAUUAUUGGAGACAUACCAGAGGACCUAGAAGCCUAUAAGCUACAUAUUGUGCCCUCCAUUCCCAAACCUGGCCUUAAUCAUUUACAUUUGCAGGGGUGCGCAUACGUGUGUGAGAUAAUUUGAAUAUGAAUGAGUGAAUUAUGAGAAACUGAUGUAAACAAAAUCUUAAAACAAUCUAACCUGAUUUAUUUUUUUAUAGAUAAGAGAAAGUCCCUUAUACAGAAGUGAUUUGCUUGUCUACAAUGUCAGAUUUCUAUGUAAUACAUAAGGUUUAAUGUCUUUGCUUAAGGUCUGCAGUUAUCACAGGAUCCCACUCAUUUCUCAUUGCAUGAGCCUCAUGGCCUCUUUUUAGCAUCUGUCCUGCUAUCUUUUAGGUUUACAUGUUGUGUAUAGAAUGGAUGAAUACAGAACAUCUGCCACUGGAUUUUUUUUAGCAUUGUAUGAUGUUUUAUGAGGAUAAAGGUGGACCUUAGCUGAAAUAUUGGUUAAAGAAAAAUGAGAAACAUCUCAAUUGCUGCAUAAAGUGAUAGCACAUGCACACUCCCACAACAUCAACUUAAAAACAUGAAUUGGCAGUGAAUACAGGUAUAGAAAUGCUUAAAGUGGACUUAUCUUGUAAUGUUUUACAAUGUACUCACAUGAAGUUCACAUUUGAGUGGCAGAUUCUCAGAGUGUGUAAGCUUUGAUUUGACUGACAUUGAGUUUUAAAUAGUUGAAUAGGAUACAAGAACAAAAAAAAUGGGCUUUCCUUCUUUUUUCUCAACGUAAUUAAUUCUAUUAGCACUGACUAUGUUCAAGGAUGAUUUUAUCACCAUUUAUAUAUAGUCACCAGAUUUGAUCCUCACUCACAAAUGCACACGCCUGUUGAAGAUAGCCACUGGCUACAUAGAUACCGAUAUUUUCCAUGGAGACAUGAUUCAAUCAACAUUGCUUUCAAGAGGAAAGCAAAGGUUUGUUAAUUAGUGUUGGAGGUCUGCAUGUCACAGAUGCUUGUAGGCAUAUAUCCUCACUGAUUAAAGACAUGUCCAUAAUGUGGCAGGAGUCUAUGAUAGUUGCAUGCCAAAUUCACUCCUCACUGUGUGUUUUUUAUGAACAAUGUGUCAUUACAAACUUAUGAUGUAAGAAUCUGUAAAGUUCAGCAAAUGCUCCAUAUCCAACAUUUUUGUAUCUCUAUAUCAUACCUCAGAAAACUAAAUUCGCCAGCUUGUUUACAUUGCCCUAUACAGCACUGUAAAAAGGUGAUCGCCCCUCACACAUUUCUUCAGGGGUUUCUGUUGCUUUUUUUUGACAUGCUUAAGCAUUUCACGUCAACCAAAAAAUGUUCUCACCCAGUACAACUAACCAGUGGGAAUACAAAAUGAUGUUUUCAAGUCAUGAUUUUAUUUGUCCGCCUUUUUUUAUUCACGUGUGAUUAACUACAUUAUUUUUGUUCAUCAAGGGUGGCAAUUUCAUAAGCCACCCUUAGGGUUGAUUAUGAUCAUAUCAGGGGAAUUUAAAACAAGAAACCAAAACUCUUUAAUAGUAUGUGUCUGACAACAUGAACCAUAGUAAGAGAUUUCAAACUAUUUUUUUCUUUAUACAAGGCAUAAUGCUGAAAAACCAUCCAUUGUGUUUGACUUAAAACAAUUCUGCAAAGAACAGUGGCCCAAAAUAUCUCCUUAUGGAAAUAAAAGUCUUUGUCAGUUUACUCAAAUACCUGAUGGGAGAGUUUGCUGCCAGCUAUGAGGUUUAUGUGACGAUUACUUUUAUACAUAGGGCCACAUUGUUUAGGUUGUUUUUUUUCCCCCUCUAAUAAGCAAAACAUCAUUUGAAUAAUACAUUUCUUUUAUUUCCUCAGGCUAUUUUGUUAGAUGGUAAAAUCCUUUGGUGACAUUUAAGUGAGAGAAGAAAAAAAGCAAACAAAAACAAACAAAAUGUGCAAGGGACCAAAUCCUUUUUACAGCACAAAACAAGCACAAGUAUGACCAUGAGGGUCUGCAGAUGUACAUCUGCAGAUGUACAUCUGCAGAUGUACCAUUCUUGCUCAGUCUAUGCCACUCUGACACCACUAAGCUAGGCCUAAAAUAAAGAGGAAGAGCAAGCAAAUUUUCUUUCAUUGACUUAUGUGUUUUUUUAGAUGAUGGAUAGAAGAACAUCUCCAAACUAGAAAAACAUCUAGCAAGGAAUUCAGAACUUGCUGAUUAUGAUUGUUGAGUAAUAAAGCACAGCAACAGCCAUAAUUAAUCUCUUUACCUAAUUUACCAAAAGACAAAGCAUCAAAAAUUAAAUUUUUGGUCUAAUAUUGUAAUGAGCAUAAUCCCUUGUUUAAAAAGAUGCUCCAUACUUCAUAUCCACGAUACACUGCUGGCUGCCACUCACUCCCAUCCAGGAGUUAGCACCAGGUCAGAGCUCCCCUACU